AUCAAAGUUAACUUCUGAAGCCACAGACUUGAACUGCAAGGAAGUGCUGAGGGUUGCCAAGGUUUAGAAGGUAUUGGGAGUGGUCAUACUGUGCUAGCUGAGACUAUGAGGGAAUGGAAACUGAAUAACCAGACGAAGCAGGGCAGUAAAGAGAAGGGAAACUGAAAAGAGAAGCAGAGACACUGAUAGAAAGAGUGGUUGAGUUUUAGAGCUUUCUUGUUUUCUGACAACUCUCAGUUGAUCCGGUAGCAGCUGCACUUGGGCAGACUCCUGUGGGCCAGGGAUCUUUAUCUGAUUUAAUCUGCAUCCUGCAAGGUAGGUAGUGUUACCCCCUUUCACAUGUUAGGGAACAUGUACAGAACGAGACGUCAUUUGUCUUAAGUCACCAGCUAGUCAACAGGGGGGCUGGGAUGAAGUCCCGUCUGCUGCUCUUACAGUCAGUUUCCCCACACCUUGGCCCUUCUCCCUUGCUGCCCCUCUAGAACAGCUACCACCGACCCCCUCAGCUGAGGACAGUUAGGCACAGGGCUGGGAGGUUUGUCGGCGGUCACAGUGCCUGGCCUCUGGCUCACAAGUUUGCACUUGGGCUAUGAGGCUUGCAAGAAGGGAAAGCAGCUAGCCCGCCCUCUCCUCUCUGCAAGCCCCCUCCCGCCAGCUGCAGGCUGCCGGCCCGGCUAACCUCGUUCCAACUGCCUCCGGCCUUCUGGCCCUUCCAGGACGGGCUUGUUUCCUGGAAAGGACUUGGAGCGUAAGAUAAACCAAGUGUCUCUAGUUAAAUGUUCUCCUGCCUUUGAUAGGGCCAGGCUGGUAAGCCUGCCAAUCCAGCUCCUUGGUUUGCUUGGUCCAUCCCUGGGAUUGGCCUCCUUGCCUUUCAUCAGGUGCCAGUCGUUCCCGGCCUAUCCCUGGGAGUGAAUAUGGGGUUCUUUGGAGACAGGCACAGUGCUCCCUGCAGAGGUAGGCAAGGAAAUAGGAUCUGAAAAAGAUGGGUGACAGGGUCCCUCCGGGGCUCCUGGCACCUCUAGAAGGAGACAGUCCGUGUCCCUGUCCACUCUCCCUGGGCAGAUGUAUCCUGGCGUUUAGAUAAUGAAGAACUAGAAAACAGAACUGGCCUCCCCUCGACUUGCCUGCCGGCUUCUCCUAUGACCCAGGGUCCCAAACGCUGGUAAAAUCCACAGCUGUCCCCUCUCUACUCUGCCUGUGACAAGCCAGCCCUAACCACAGGAGACAAGGUGAAGACAGUGUUCCUGACAGAAGACUCGUGUACCCUUAGGGGCCUGCAGAAGUUCUCAGGGGACCUGGCCAUUCCACUACUCUGGAAAGCUUGAUGGAAAGAAAGUCUACAGCUUCCCAAGUACUGAUGCCUUGGCCAAUGAGAUCAGUGUUUCUUGGCUCGAGGCUUCUAGCAGCCCAGCCAGGCAAGGCUGGUGUUCUCAACUAUCAGAAGCUCUAACUAGCAAUUAAUUCUGCCGGGAGCAAUGGAUGCUGAUGGCUCAACGGACUUGCCCUUGGCUGGAGCCAGCUGCCUUGCCCAAUGUUAGGCUCCCUCCCCAGGGGAAGCCUGAAUCCAGGGAUUGGUCAUUAGGAAUCUAGCCUGCAACUCUGCCCAGUGCCACAGAGGCCUGACCUAUUAUAAGAUUAAACUGCUUACAACUUUGGGGAAACGGCAGUUUAUAACCCCAAUACAUAACAACAAAGAAAUGUUUGGCAUCAUUUUAUUGAUGCUUUUGGAACGUCAAAGCUAAAAAGCAGCCUUAGAGCACAUCCAGUCCAAAAACCCUGCGUUAUCACAUGGAAAUGAAGCUCCAGAGAGAUGACGUGACAUCAGGUGAACGCAGAUAGGGUCAGGGCCACCACCGGAACCCAGGUCUCCUGGCCUCCAGUCCAUUGGUCUCUCCAUCUCUCCUCAGAACCUGCCUUCCUCUGAAGUCAUCUUGAAAUUAGAGGACAUGUGCUGGGUCAUAAAGAGGUGGGCUUCUGUGGAUCUACUGGCCCAGCUGAGUUCCACGGACAGCCUUAGUACAUGACACUGCUGAGCCUGGUCCCCUGUGUCCUCUGUUGGUGUUGCUGUUGAUUUUGGAUGCAAGUGCCAGCUUCCAUGCCGCCUUCCCAGAGGAGCCCUCCGUCUCUCUGCAGCUCAGUGCCUUGGAUUCCUUUGUCCUCUGCCCACUAGAGUGCUUUGGACACACUUCAAGUCUGGCUCCUCUCCCAGUAUAGGAGGUCUUAGGCUAGUCAUCACCUCCUCUGGGAAGACUUUUCCCACCCAGGCUAACUCCUAAGGCCACGUUGUGAGCUCCCACGGAUAUCACCUCUUCUACCAAAGCACCGACACCAGUUAUCUUUCGGUAUCCCCACCAGAUUGCAAACUCCACAGGAUAGGGGCCCGUGGAUUGUGUUGGCUGCUGGAAGGGACACCUGGUAGGCACUCAGUCCCGCCCCGGGACUGACCCUGGGAGGGCGCAGAGCCGUGGGGGAAGGUAGGUGACCAACACGGGCUGGGUCUGCGCCCUCGGGAGAAAAUGCAGCUGGACGAGUCAGGCGAGUGCGGGACCCCGCCCCGGCUCCUCCCCCGCCGGGCCUCAGCCCCGCCCCCGCGCUGCCCCUGCCGGCGCUACUGGCCUGCGCUUUCCCCACCCUCCGCGCCUCCAGCGGGGCGGCCCCCGGCUUAUUCCACUCGCGAGAAGCACCGCGCCGAGCCCGCCACCAACGCUGCUGAGGGAUGCUGCGCUCCACGUCCACAGUCACGCUGCUCUCGAGCGGCGGCUCCAGCGCUCCCGGGGCGCCCAACAGAAGGGCAAAUGUCUGCAGACUACGGCUGACCGUACCUCCUGAAAGUCCAGUGUCUGAGCCAAGUGAAAAGAAGGUUGAAAGAAGAGAGAAGUAUCGUGACCUGAGCAAUGAUGAACCCACCAUGAAACUCCCUCAGGGUGUUGUCUAUGGUGUGGUGCGAAGAUCAGAUCAAAACCAGCAGAAAGAAAUGGUGGUGUAUGGGUGGACCACCAAUCAGCUGAAAGAAGAGAUGAACUACAUCAAAGAUGUAAGAGCCACUUUGGAAAAUGUAAGGAAGCGAAUGUACGGAGACUAUGAUGAAAUGAGACAGAAGAUUCGACAGCUCACCCAGGAACUGUCAGUUUCACAGGCUCAGCAGGAGUAUCAACAGAAUUACACCCAAACCCAGUCGUCAGCCCUGGACAGUUUUAAUACCAUGAACUCGGCUUUGGUGUCGGACUCCAUCGGCCUGCAGAAAACCCUUGUGGAGGUUACUUUGGAGAAUAGCAACAUUAAGGAACAAAUCAGAAAUCUGCAGCAGACACAUGAAGCCUCCAUGGACAAGCUGCGGGAAAAGCAGAGGCAGUUAGAGGUAGCACAAGUAGAAAAUCAGCUGCUGAAAAUGAAGGUGGAAUCCUCCCAAGAAGCCAACGCGGAGGUGAUGAGAGAGCUGACCAGGAAGCUGUACAGCCAGUACGAAGAAAGGCUGCACGAAGAGCAGCAGAGGCACAGUGCCGAGAAAGAGGCGCUCCUGGAAGAAACCAAUAGUUUUCUGAAAGCCAUUGAAGAAGCCAAUAAAAAGAUGCAAGUGGCAGAGACCAGCCUAGAGGAGAAGGACCAGAGGAUCGGGGAGCUGGACAGGCUGAUUGAGCGCAUGGAGAAGGAACGCCAUCAACUUCAACUCCAGCUCCUGGAGCAUGAAACAGAAAUGUCAACGGAAAUUACCAAUUCUGACAAAGAAAGGUAUCAGCGGCUGGAGGAGGCGUCAGCCAGCCUCCGGGAGCGGAUCCGACACCUAGAUGACAUGGUGCAUUGCCAGCAGAAGAAAGUCAAGCAGAUGGUUGAGGAGAUUGAAUCACUAAAGAAAAAGGUGCAGCAGAAACAGCUCUUAAUAUUGCAGCUUUUAGAAAAGAUAUCCUUCUUAGAAGGAGAGAAUAACGAACUACAAAGCAGGUUGGACUAUUUAAUAGAAACCCAGCAGAAGACUGAAGUGGAAACCAGAGAGGUUGGAGUGGGCUGUGAUCUUCUACCCAGCCAAACAGGUAGGACUCGUGAGAUCGCAGUGCCUUCCAGGAAUUAUACCCCAUACACACGAGUCCUGGAGUUAGCCAUGAAGAAAACUCUGACUUAAGCACUUGGAGACGUGCACUUUUCACUGAUGGACAAAGGCCCUGGAACCCUGCAGCUUGAAGUCUGGAAAGGGUGACUGUUGCUUCCUCCUAUACACUGUUUAAGCUGCAGUGGAAAUUGCUGAGGUUCUGAUCCACUUCUAAAACAUGAAGGAAAGUGGGGGAGGGGAGGGCAGGAGAGAGAGGUUUCAAGGUCAUAUUUCAAACACCCAACCAGUGUAUGUACCCUGUUGUACUGGGCCGUCUUUAGCUUUCCAUGCAGACACUGAGUCCUAUCGGGAGAAUUCCCUCACUAUUUUCUGUUUUACUAGACUUCGGCUGGGAGGAAACAAGGCAUUAACUUGAAAUUUCAUGUUACUUAUUGCCAGGAUCAUUUGUUACAGCAUGAAGGUUUUAUUUACCCGUAGAAGUAUUAGAGGCGGUGUUUCUCUGCUACAGGGAAGCCUGUCCGCAGGAGCGCAGGCACACGGGGAAAUGUGACCCUGGGAAGGAAGGGGCAGGUGCCGAGGACCUGUGCAGGGGUGUGGGAGCCUCGGCUGCAGCCGGUCCUCAUGUGGGCAGACACGCUUCAUUCUGACGUGCUAACCCCUUGGUUUACUUUGUGCCUUAUGCCUUUAUGGGGCCAGCUGAAAUCACUGUAUUUAUUCAACCUGUGAUUUAUUUUUUCUUUCUUUCUCACUUUAACUGAAAGAGAAUUUUGUAUGUUGUGGAAAUUUAAUCACUUAAUGUUUUCGAUACCAAUUGGUGUUUUUGUUAAAGGAAUGAGUGAUUUGUUCAUGCAUGCUCUACUUUGAUAU